GUACCUGACCAUAGUGUCCGCAGCUCCGGAGGGGACAUGGUGUCCAGUGAUCCUCAGCCUGUGAAGGUGAAAUGCACUAAAACUAUCCCUCCGCCGCCUCCUACAUGUGGACCAACGCAAAUCUUAGUCAAGAAAUGCUGUGGAGUUCAAGAGUGUGUUGAGAAGAAGUGCUUCUACAAAGGAAGAAAUUACACAGUUGGAGAAACAUGGAGAGAUAGUGAAGAGCCGUGUAUGUCCUUCAUAUGCAGCCCUGAAGGCAUCCAAAAUGAAACUAAAGUCUGUUCACCACAACACUGCCCCGAGGAGGACAAGAUUUGGGAUGAUCAUCACUGCUGUUUCACAUGCAGAAGUGUUUGUAGCUGUGCUCCUGUGAUGACCUCUCUGAUGGUUUAUGCAGAGGAGUGUUUCUCUGAGCUCCAGGUCCCUGUGUGUGACGGCCUCUGCUCCAGCGGGCACAGGAUGGUGCUGUAUGGAGAUCAUCUGAAUGUGGAGCAGAGCAGACGUUGUUGUAAAGAGACGCGCUCAGAGCCUCGAGCUGUGACCCUCCGCUGCUCGGACCAGACCGACCGCAACUACACCUACUCCCACGUCACCCGGUGUGACUGCUCCGACUGCGCGGAGAGCCUCGUCACUACCGCUCUGCCCUAACCUCAAAUACAGUGCGCAUCAUGUACACUUUUAAUUUAAUAAAAGUAUGUUUCAUCUUUUAAGAAAUAGGAAUAGUGAGGAAUAUGGGAUUAUGUAAACCAGACCGUAAAAAUGUAGAUUUAGACUUAGACUUACGUAGAUUUAGCAAACUUUAUUGAUCCACAAGGGAAAUUGCACAGUA